AUGGGAGGAAUCUUAAAGAACGCAAUUCCUGAGGAACAGAGUCCGAAUAUUGAAUCCGAAUCCAUCAGUCAAUUCAGAAAACAAGUUUUGAAGAAUACGGAACUGAAUGCGAAGCGCACGUCUAAUAGUAAAAUAGCCCACCAUGGACAUGGAAUCCCUAAAGACGUUCUAUCGAUGAAGUUAGGAGAACAAGAUCCAGAGAGUUUGAAAUGGAAUAAGAAGAAUUUGGAAGAGAAUGAAAUCACCAAACAGGAGUUCGGCGAUAUACAUAUUGAUGAACCAAAAACUCCAUACCAGGGUGCUGUUGACCCAAACGGUGAGUAUUACAAGAUCGACGACGAUGAUGAAGAUUUAGGGGGUUUCAGUUUAGGCGAACCUCAAGUAGAUCUGAAAGAGGACAAGGAACCCGUUACAUUGCUAAACAAUGAGGAUCCACAGGUUUCUCCUCCUGUUCUUGAAACAGAGGAAGAUGAAGCUGCCAAGAAACAUCGGAAGUUCGAAGAAAUGAGAAAGAAACAUUACAACGUUAAAGCAGAUUUGCAGAAUGCCAAGCAAAACCUACCGGAUGAUGAUGAUGAUGAAUGA